GCCAAGUACUAGCGUAGCGAGCGCCGUGUGUGUGUGUGUGUGUUUGUUUGUCGUUUAGCAUUGUUUACAAAAAGCUGACCUAUCAUAGUUUUGGCGGCAGCUACUGCGAUCAGUCUAAAGCUAAACGUUGGCUCAAACAGUUCUUGACAACUGUCGGCAAUUGAUUCAUAUCAACCUAUCGGUACUUGAAGUAGUUUGCGUGCGAAUUCGCCUCGAUUUUGGUCCGCUUACGUUUUGGCUCUAAUCUGCAAAACUGUUUAACGACGAUUGAAGCGUUUAACGAAAUAGUGUUACAGAACAUUCACAAAUAGUUCUGCUUAUUUGGCUGAAUACUGAGAAAGCGAUUACAAACACACAGACUGUAACGAGCUGCGAUUACGGUCCGGAACCGACCGACACAUUUUUAUUCCGGCAGGACAUGAGGAUUUCUCAAGCCUGAGAGUUAAUAUUAUCAUAAAUAGAAACUUGAAAAAAUUAAAAGGUUAAGAAAUGGACGCCGAAUCGGAAGGAGUUCAGCCCGUGAAUCCCGCAAGCAAUGCCUCGAAUUCUGAAGUUGACUUAGCGGCACGACGUCGGCAUUUCGUUUCCCAGCCAUCCACAUUAGCUUCGCGUCGCCAGCAGGCUGUUUGUGUACGCCGAGCUCACAAGAUGUAUGGCAGCGCGAAGAAUCCAAAUGUGGUCCUAGAUGGAUUAAAUAUGACAGUUUCGAAAGGAUCCAUAUAUGGUUUAUUGGGAGCAUCUGGAUGUGGCAAGACUACGCUUUUGUCAUGCAUCGUCGGACGUAGACGAUUGAAUUCCGGUGAAAUAUGGGUCCUUGGCGGUCGCCCAGGCUCAAGGGGUUCAGGUGUACCAGGACCAAGAAUUGGAUACAUGCCUCAGGAGGUGGCCCUGUACGGCGAAUUCACAAUGAGGGAGACGUUAAAAUACUUUGGCCUUAUCGCAGACAUGUCAGCAGCUGAUAUUGAAGACAGGACAGAGUUUUUACUGAAGCUUUUGAAUUUGCCGCACGGCUCAAAAUUUGUGAAAAAUCUAAGCGGCGGCCAACAGCGCAGGGUAAGCUUAGCGGUGGCAUUGCUACAAGAACCGGAACUUUUAAUCCUUGAUGAGCCCACUGCCGGAGUUGAUCCAGUAUUGCGACAAAGCAUUUGGGACCACCUGGUGGACAUAACCAAGAAUGGCAGCACGACUGUGAUAAUAACAACACAUUACAUCGACGAGUGUGCUCAGGCGCAUGCGAUUGGGCUGUUGCGUGGCGGACGAAUGUUGGCAGAGGAAUCUCCCGAGUAUUUGAGGCAACAAUACAAUGCAGAUUCCCUAGAGGAAGUGUUCCUGAAGUUAGCCAUCCUACAAAAUAUGGGCAAGAGACGACGGUCCUCCAUUGCUCAAGAAAUUGUCGAACAAGUCUCCGUUCCAGCCAUCUCAAAUCCGGCACUGGAUUUAUCCGAUGAGCAAGGCGCAGCAGAAAUAUCUGGAGAAUUCGGCGACAACAUAUCCAUGUCCUCGGCUGUCCGUGAUCCAAUAACCUCUUCAUCGGUACCGGCACCACCGUUACCCCCGGAGCAGGAGAUACCUGCAUCGUUCUGGUACCACUUACAUGUCAUGAGUGGAAACCAUUUGCACGCAUUAAUGUGGAAAUUCCUGUGGAUGAUCCGCAACGUGGGGGUCAUGUUAUUUAUCCUCGGUCUACCCGUCGUUCAAAUAAUUUUGUUCUGCUACGCAAUCGGGCAUGACCCCACGGGCCUUAAGAUAGCCGUCGCCAAUCACGAGCUUUCGGAUGAAAUGGUUGCCCAACAGUUCUGUCCCCAAACCGUGGGUUGCAAUCAGACCAUGUUGAGUUGCCGCUACCUGGAUAUGCUGGUCAAAAACAAGAGCUACGUUUUGACAUACACUUACAGUGAUGAGGAGGCCCACGAUCUGGUCCGGAGAGGCAAAGCCUGGGGAUCUUUAAUAUUCCAAAGCAACUACUCUAUUUCACUGGUGGACCGAACUGAGAAUGCGCGAUACACUGACGACGCCACUGUGGAGUCGUCCGAACUAGACGUCCGCCUGGACAUGUCAAAUCAGCAGAUAUCUACGCUCAUUUACAGGGACCUGCAAUACACAUUCUUCGAUUUCGUGGAAAGGAUGCUUACGGACUGCGAUGUAAAUCCCAAGCUUGGUCGAGUGCCCGUCGACUGGAAGACGCCUAUAUAUGGAUUCAGCAAUCCCAAUUUCACGGACUUUGCCGCACCUGGUGUCAUCCUCACCAUCAUCUUCUUCUUGUCGGUGGCCAUAACAUCGGGAGCAAUGUUGAUUGAUCGCAAUGAGGGCAUGUUGGAGAGGUGUUUGGUAGCCGGUGUGACAGGCCCUGAAAUCCUCUUCUCGCAGGUGUUUACCCAGUUCACCGUGAUGUUUGCCCAAAUGAUCUUCGUCCUCGUGGUCAGCUUCUAUUUCUUCCACUUGACGGUCGUGGGUAAUAUUUGGCUCGUGGUCGGGCUCUGUCUGCUCAACGGCCUGUGUGGCAUGUGUUUCGGCUUUGUCAUUGCGUGCGCCGUAGAUACGGAACGCACUGCUACGUACGUGGCUAUGGGGUCCUUCCUGCCAAUUGUUAUGCUGUGCGGCAUCAUUUGGCCCAUUGAAGGUAUGUACCCCGUCCUGCAGUUCAUAACAUUUUUCCUGCCUCUGACGAAGCCUACCGAAUCGCUGCGUUCUAUCCUACAACGUGGUUGGGACAUGUCUAAUCCAUCCGUUUAUGCUGGUUUUAUAUCCAUAUCAUCCUGGGUUUUAGUAUUCCUCGUGCUGAGCAUCUGCCUGCUCAAGUUCAAAAAGGGAUAAUUGUGGUGUCUUUGGGUCGAGCACGGCGGUCUAAACCCUCCCUCUCCCUUCAAAUAGCAGACUACGACCUCGUAAUGAACCAACUUCUAGCCAGCCAACAAAUAAUCUCCUCGGUAUAAGUAGCUGAUAGUCGGUACCUAAUUAGUAUUUAAUUUUCUUACUUAGAUUGGAAAUCAUUUAGUCUAUAAGCAGUGGUUACGCCAAGGACACUCUCAAAGGAUACAGUGUGUGGACGUAGACGGUCCUCGUCCUAGGCGCUCGUUAGUUUUAAGAUAUAUAAAGAGACAGGGACAAACUAGCUUUAAGUACUCCAUUUCAAUGUCUAAAAAAAUUAUUUUGGCCAACUUAAGUAAGCAAGAAUAAAUGUGUGUAGUGCAUGUGCGUGCACCCUAAUCUUUCCAGCAAAGA